UGGAAGCAGAUGGAUCCCAGCAGCAGCAGCUGCAUGCGCAGCCCACAGCCUCCCUCCCUGCUCUGGGGCUGUGUGAGGAGCUCCCACAGCGACCUGAGCGCAGCUCCAGGGCUCAGCCACUAUCCAGCAGCACCAUUCUCCUUCCAGCAAAAAGCAGAUUUUGCUGCUUACUCUGAUUUCUCAGCCUCCUGCCUGGUGCCAGCUCCUCACAGCUUCCCGCAGGAGCAGCACCCCUCAUUCCAGCACCCUGAGUGGCACCUGGCAGCACCUGAGGCCACUAGAGGAGCAAACCCAGGGCUGGCCUUGGCUUCUGGAGAGUCAGAGGGCAGCAGCACCAGCCUAGUGAGUGUGGCUGUGGAUGAAGAUGAUGAGGCACCAGCAAAUCCUACAAGUGACUCUGAGAAAAAGCCAUCCAGAAGGAAAAAGGAAAGCUCAGAGAACCAGAGCUCCAGCAAGGCAGAAAGCAGCAGCAAGUCACGGAAGGAAAGGACAGCUUUCACCAAGGAGCAGCUGAGGGAGCUGGAAGCUGAAUUUGCCCACCACAACUACUUGACAAGGCUGAGGAGAUACGAGAUAGCAGUGAACCUGGAUCUCACCGAGAGACAAGUCAAAGUAUGGUUUCAAAACAGAAGAAUGAAGUGGAAACGAGUUAAAGGUGGGCAAGCAGUGCCCCCACACGAACAUGACACAGAGGAUGUGGACUCUGCUGCCUCCCCCAGCUCUGAGUAGUCCCUGCAGCAAUGGGAGAGGAGUUUGGAGAAAGUCACUGAUUGGAAUGUGGGUGCAACUGCUUAGA